ACUAAACGCACAAAAAGAACUACAACUAAAAGUGUGAAAACUCAAUCCACGAAAACAACUAAAAGUGGACAAUUUACUCAGCCUGAUGUCUUUCUAAUAAAAGCUGCAACUACAACCACAAAAGCAGCUAGAACGAAAACUACAACUACAAUUACAUCUUUUAUGCCUUCACUUGAAACAUCUUCUUUUGCAUCUAAUACGAUCAGAACUACAGCUAUACCACAGCCAUCACCUACAAGUACAACUACAACCACUACUACACCAGCUACAAUUGGCGAUAAUUUUUUCAUGCCAUUUACGAAAGAUUGCUCUGUUGUUACGAAAACCGAGACAGUGUCCUUGAAUGAUUGUGUUGGAACUGUCAAUGACACCUACUGUUCAGGCGAAUGUAGUUCCAGAUCUUGGUUUAAUGAAGACACAGGUAACAUGGAAAAUGAGUGUAGCUGCUGUGUACCCCUUCAAUGGAAGAGAGUGCGUUUUUAUUUACAGUGUCCACCUUUAGCAGUUGAAUUUGUUUACAGAAAUGUCAUUAGUGCCUGUCAGUGUACCUACGAGUACUGUACCAAAUUUGACGCCGGAAGAAAGUAAAAAAAUCCGGAAUAGCUAUUUCUUAAUUCCUAAGUGUUCUAUUGGUUUAUGUGAAUACAUAUAUGUAAUCUUUAAUAAAACAUGUUUUUAUGUUUAACAACCAUUACAUAAUCAUUUAUUUCAAUCUUUAUUACAAAACUCAAUGCUAAGGUGACCUGCUGUUUAGCAAUUUGUAUAUCUGUGAAGUAUGUCUAUGUCUUAAAAUUCUACUAUCUUAUUCCUGUUUAUUAUGUUUGAAAUGAAGACAAAUUCUAAAAUGACUGAGUAAACUGUUUCUGUAAAAAGAAACAAUUGUGAAUAUUUGGUAACAUUAAGAGAUAACUAACUUUGCUAUUACCAGAAAAUACAGAUUCUUGAUGUAAAAGCACAGCACACCAUAUUAUUAUUAUUUGUGGUCAUAUUGCAUAAUUCUGAGGAAGAAAACUAUGUAAAUAACAUUAUUAUUAUUACUAAAUAUUUUGAACAAGAAAUCAUGUAAUUAGUGUUAAGUAUUUAAGACAUAUUUCAUUCUUUAAUGCAUUUUAAACAAGGUAGUUUGAUUCACUGGUGUCAACUUAUAUUAAAACAAGAAAAUAAAGACUCUAGAAUGGAAAAUGCAUCUUUGUGGCAUGUUACUACAUAUCUUUCAGUUGUCUAUAAUUUCAUAGAAUAUCUCUUAUUUUUGUC